CUCCACGCUGCUCAGCUCAGAGUAUAUACACACCCAGGCAGAGCAGGAACCACAGACAGGGUCGGUGCCUGACAAGAGAACUUCAUUCACUGACUCAAAACUAGUCUGGAUACUUGGCGAAAGCUUUUCUACCAUAGCUAAGAGCUAAAUCCAGCACACUCACAGUUUGGACGUCUUUACGCACAGAGAGGACGAUUGGAAACCGGUGUUUUUCCCUGAGAAGGAGGGGAACGAAAACGUAUUUUGAUAAAGACUUUUUAGCUACGUUGGCUUCUCUUCCAUGUAUGCCAAGAUGGAAACUACUUUUUAUGACGACUCGCUCAACGCUUUCUCCCAGCAAGACAACGCCGGCUAUGGAUACAGCAAUCCCAAAGCGCUGAAACACAACAUGACACUGAACCUCUCCGAUCCGACGGGCACUCUGAAACCUCACCUCCGCGCCAAAGCCAGCGACAUCCUCACCUCCCCUGAUGUGGGCUUGUUGAAGCUGGCCUCCCCGGAGCUGGAGCGGCUUAUAAUCCAGUCCAGCAACGGACUCAUCACCACCACGCCGACUCCUACACAGUUCAUGUGUCCCAAGAAUGUCACCGAUGAGCAGGAAGGCUUCGCCGAGGGGUUUGUCCGAGCCCUGGCUGAGCUCCACCACCAACACAUGCCUGGCACUCUGAAUGUCACCUCAGCUUCUCAGACAAGUGUCAACACUUCCCUGCCGCCUGUGUCAUCUGUUGCCGGUGCCACCGUUUACAACAACAACAUAGCCAUGCGCUCGGACUCGCCUGUUUAUGAGGACUUGGACACUUUUAACCCGGCACCAAAUUACACCACCUCAGCCCCUGUGAUGUCCUUCUCUUCUGUCGGGCCACAGCUUCCCAUCUACGGACAGCCAUCCUCCAGGCUCUCGGCGCUCAAAGAGGAGCCCCAAACGGUGCCUGAGAUGCCGGGGGAGACGCCUCCUCUCUCCCCGAUCAACAUGGAGAACCAGGAGCGCAUCAAGGCCGAGAGAAAGCGAAUGAGGAACCGCGUCGCUGCCUCCAAGUGCCGAAAGAGGAAGCUGGAGCGCAUCUCGAGGCUGGAGGAUAAAGUGAAGAACCUCAAGUCCCAGAACUCGGAGCUCUCGUCCACCGCCAACGUGUUGCGGGAGCAGGUGGCCCAGCUAAAACAGAAAGUGAUGAACCACGUGAACAGCGGGUGCCAGCUCAUGUUAACGCAGCAGCUCCAGACCUUCUGAGGCGGUGUCAUCAGCGGCGGCGGAGAGAGGGGAUACUGUUGAAAGUAAAACGGAUGCGUCCUGUGAUAGUGAGUGGCCGUAUCUCCUGAAAAUCCGGACGGGAUUUGGGAUGAUGUGGCGAGACACUGGCAGGACCGGGGCCGCACUGAAGUUCCUGAGGGCCACGGGCUUCCCGGUGCCAGAGAUGGACCCGGGACAGUGACAGUAGCCAUGAAACAGAGAGGGCAUGCAGGCAGGAUAGCUUUCUGUUUCCUGCUGUUUUUACAGAGCUGGACAAGACUGAACUUUCUUGAUUUACACCCAGCUCUGCAUGAACCUUAUCAUGACCAUCAAAGGAGAAAUUCAGUAUUAGAGGAUUUAAGAACAUGCAAUAGAGACUUUUUCUUGCUUAAUGGCCUCUGCCUUGGGCAUGUAGGCCAACUCUAAACGACUGAAAAGUUGUAACAAAAGCUGCCUGACUUCUGAGAUAUAGUACAAAGUACUUUUUUCUUUAUUGUAAGAAAUGCAGUUAGAAAACUUUAAGAUUUACUUUCUAAAGUUGUUUAAUGGGGUUUCACUCAUUUUAUAUGUAUAUAAGAUCAACUUGGAGUACUUAUGUUUACCCUUUGUAAUAUGAAAUACUGUUGAACUGUUUUAUGUUUUAUUUUCUGAGCAACUCAGAAACAAAUCAAUAUUUAAGAAAAUAAACCAGAUGAAAUGAA